AUGGAACACCGAACAGCUAUCCCAGAUACCAACCAUGAAGAUGACUGUCAGCUCAUAUCUUUCACAAAUAAAUUACCCUAUUAUGUAAGACAUUUAUGCAAAUCUACCAAUAAAAACAAGACAGCUGUCAUAUCACAACCAAAAGAGCAAAACAUAUCUUCUGAAGUGGACUCGAGACCAAUAAAUGAAAAUCAACACAAAUCUCUAGCUGUCUUUUCAUUAUCAUCAUCAUCAUCGUCGUCAUCAUCGUUGAGUGAACCAAUAGGAGUAUCUUCGCUAAUGUCUACACGUAUCAUACCAGUUGGUUGUUAUCAUGAACAAGAUCAAACAACAUCGACUAACUCACACGAAAAAAGUUCCACUUCAACAUCGCUAAUGAAAUGUUUUGCAACGUAUCGCGAACAAAUUCCAUUUACAUCAAGUUGCUCUUCGUCUUCAUCAUCCACUUCUUCAACGUCAUCAACGAAUCCAUCGACUCGAAGAGACUUUCUAACGUCAAAAAAGCCAGCUGAACAUUUCAUAACAACUGUUGAUACAUUAACAAUAGAACAGAAUUUAUUUAAUAUGGCUCGUUUCGAUGUGAUUAAAACAAACUUUUGUGAAUAUUAUCAAAUGGGAGAUUUUGUUCGAAGUGGAGGAUUUUCAGAUAUACAUGAAGGAAUGCGCUUAAGUGACAAUAAAAAAGUUGUGGUUAAGUUUAUUCCUAAAGAAAAAACUAAAAAUUGGUUAAUGAUUAAUCAAAAAAAAUAUCCGGCUGAAGUUUUAUUGCAUAAAGCUGUACAUGAAAUUCAAGGUGUUAUUCAUGUUUAUGAUUAUUUUGAGAAUGCUGACCAUUGGAUAUUAGUUAUGGAACGUUUACGUAAUUGUCAAGACCUAUUUGAUUAUUUGGAAUCGAGAGAUCGUGGCCGUCUUAAUGAAGCUGGAGCAAAGAAAUUUUUCCAACAGCUAGUUCAAAUUAAUUUAGCCAUGAUACGGAAAGGCGUUGUUCAUCGUGAUAUUAAAAGUGAAAAUAUUUUAGUUGAUCUUGAUACUGACUCACUUGUAUUAAUUGACUUUGGUGCUAGUGCGAUAUAUAAAUCGGCAGCAUCCCAUUAUUCAGAUUUUCAUGGAACCAAACAAUAUAAAUCACCCGAAUAUAUAUUAAAAAAACGUUAUACAGGCGUACCAUCAACCGUAUGGACGCUCGGCGUUUUGCUUUACGAUAUGGUUUGUGGAAAUCUACCAUUUGAAAGUGAAGAAGAUAUAACUGGACAUAAGUUAACACUAAAAUCAUAUUUAUCACCUGAAUUAAAAAAUUUAAUACAACGAUGUCUUGCACAAAAUCCUGACAGGCGCCCAUCACUUGAGGCAGUACUAGAACAUCCUUGGCUUAAAAAUUAA